GCUUUCAGACUUAGACUCCUUCACCAUGGCCUCUGGGUGCUCUCGUGUCUUGUUGGGGAACCACUGUGCUUCUCCAGGCUUUCAGACUUAGACUCCUUCACCAUGGCCUCUGGGUGCUCUCGUGUCUUGUUGGGGAACCACUGUGCUUCUCCAGAGCGGACCGUCACAUCUCAAGCCGCCCGAAAGUACGCGGACAGCCGGGGAUUGCCUUAUAUGGAGUGUGACUCCGCCCAGUUCUACAACGUCAUUGAGGGCAUUCAGCUAGUCGUGGACAGAAUCGCCAAAGAAGUCACCAUCAACCCAUCGAGCUCCAGCGUCAUCAAACCGUCCUUGAAGAGCCAGGAGGAAAUGGAUAGACAGAAGAAAGCAUUUGUCUGUCUUUGUUGA